AUGGUUAAAUUAUAUUCAUUAAGUGUAUUAUAUAAAAACGAUAUGUCAGUGAAAUGGUUAAAAACAGCACAUGAUUUAAGCUCUUUUAAUUUUUUUCAAAGAGGAUGUGUGCAAGAAUUUAUGACAUUUGUCGGUAAAACACUUGUCGAAAGAACUCAAUUGGCGACAAGGCAAAGUAUUAAAGAAGGAGAAUAUAUGUGUCACGUUUAUGUAAAUGUCGAUGGUUUAGCAGGAAUAGUUAUAUCUGAUCAUGAAUACCCUACAAGAGUAGCACAUACUCUUUUAACAAAAGUUUUAUCAGAUUUUGCUAGCAAUGUACCACAAAAUUUAUGGAAAACUGCCAAUGAAGAUUCAAUAUCGUUUAAUCAACUUCCUGUUUAUUUAUCAAAAUAUCAAGUUCCAAAAGAAGUUGAUGCCAUGACAAAAAUACAGGAAGAAUUAGAUGAAACUAAAAUUAUUUUGCACAAUACAUGUGAAGCAGUUUUAAGAAGAGGUGAAAAUCUUGAUAAUUUAGUAAGCAAAUCAGAAGAAUUAAGUUUACAAGCGAAAGGAUUUUAUAAAACUGCGAGAAAAACAAAUUCAUGUUGCAGCUACAUGUAA